AUGUUUUCGAUUUCCACUGCUCCGGCGAAGCAGUCGGUCGGUGAGACCAUCACGGUUCUGAGUGGCCGGCUGAGUUCGGCCACCCUGCUUGAGGAUCGUCGAGCUGCUAUACUUGGUCUGCGUAGCUUUGCCAAAGAUUUCCCUGCCUCUGUCGCUUCUGGGGCUCUUCGCAGCCUCAUAGGCAGUCUCAGCAACGAUGCCGAAGACGUCGACACCGUCAAGGUAGUCCUCGAGACCUUGCUAAUGCUAUUCAGCCCCAAUGAAGACAGCCCAGAGGCCUCGGAGGAGAUCGCUCUAUGGCUCGCUGAUGAGUUCACUCAGCGCCAGGAGAACAUAACCCUGCUUCUCAACUUCCUCGACUCGGCCGACUUUUACUCGAGACUCUACUCCCUGCAACUCCUCGCCGCCAUCCUAUCUGCCCGAACCGAGCGAACUGAAGAGUGCGUCUUCACAGCACCUCUCGGCAUUUCUCGUCUUGUAGCUGUCCUCGACGAUAGUCGCGAAGCUGUACGCAACGAAGCCAUCAACCUCCUUAUUUUCCUCACUCCCUCGUCGACCGACAUUCAGAAGUUAGUUGCCUUCGAAAACGCUUUUGACCGACUUUUCAACAUCAUCUCCUUGGAAGGCUCGCUGUCUGAGGGUGACCGUGUUGUGGAGGACUGUCUGAUUCUUGUCGCAAAUCUCCUUCGGAGGAAUCCCUCUAACCAGUCUCUCUUCCGGGAGUCGGGAGGUAUCCGUCGUUUGGCCAACUUGCUGGAAGGUGCCGAAAAGGCCCAGCGGGAGGAUGUGGAGGUUGCUGCUUGGGCGCAGACCCAACGCAAUCGGAACAUCUAUGCACUGUUGGCUGUCGUUCGUCUGUUUCUAGUAGCAGGGGCUGUUGGAACGUCGCAAAACCAGCUCGCCUUCUGGCAACACGGCUUGUUGUACAAUGCCCUCCAACUGGCCUUCAGCCACGUAGCCCAGCUUCCAAUCAAGGCAGAGGCUCUAGUCACCUGCGCCGACAUCAUCAGGGGUAACCCGAGCCUUCAGGAGGGAUUCGCCCAGCUCCAAGUCUCGUCGCCCCUCGAACCUCCUACGCCGAAUGAAGCUGGCCAACCGAAAGGCGUUGUCAAAGUCUAUGUGAUCGACGGCCUUUUGGACCUUACACUCAGCGUGCAGGAUUCAGAGGCUUUUGAUCUGCGUCUGGCAGCAUGCGACUGCCUCAAAGCUUACUUUCAUAGCCACACUGACAUUCGUUUGCACUUUCUGCGAAGGGCCAUUGAAGGACAUAAUACCGGGGCUGAUGAAACUGCCAAUGUGCUGACAGUGCUGCUGCGGCCCUCUUCCGACGCCGCCGUGGCCAACCCCUAUCGUAGUUGGUUCGCUGCUACUAUCAUGUUGCAUCUUGUUUUCGAUAACCCUGAGGCGAAGAGCAUGGCUAUGGCCGUCACCGAAGGCGAUGCGAAGAACGGUGAAGAAGUCGUCACGAGUAUUCAGACCAUUGCUGCGCAUCUCAUUUCCGGAUUGAACCGCGAGCAAGAUAGUCGAGUUGUGGUAGGGUAUCUGAUGCUGCUUCUUGGUUGGCUGUUUGAAGACUUGGACGCCGUCAACGACUUUUUGGGGGAAGGAACCAAUACUCAAAGCCUUAUUCAGGCCGUGAACCAUCCAUACCCAUCUGGUGACGUUGUUCAGGGACUCUGCGCUAUGCUCCUGGGCGUGCUAUACGAGUUCUCGACCAAGGACUCGCCUAUUUCCCGGGCUGACCUUCACAGCAUACUCGUCUCGCGGAUGGGACGCGAGCGGUAUAUUGACAAGCUGACCAAGUUAAGAAGCGAUCCGCUCGUCAGAGACUUUGAAGUGAUUCCUCAAAAACUUGGUAACUCGGGCUCAGGCAAGCUGCCCGACGUGUACUUUGAUGCUACGUUUGUCGACUUCUUCAAGGAUAAUUACAGCCGCAUUAUCCGUGGCAUAGACCGAGACCCUGGACUGGAGAUUUCUGUAGUCUCGAACGGUAUUCAGAAGGGGGUUUCCCGGGAGCUCGUUGACUCUCUUCGAGCACAGUUGACCGAAAAGGACCACGCUUUACAAGAAGCGCAGGUCAAUCUCGAGACGAUUAGCCGGCAACUUGGCCAAGAACAAGCCGAUCACCGGCGGACUCGAGAGACAACUGCGAUGGAGUUGGCAAGAAUAAAGCAGAUGAACGAAGGUAUACAAAAACAGCACGAUGCAGAGCUACGAAAUCUUCAGAGUCGAAUUGCAUCUCUCCAGGAAGAACAUCAAAGGCAGGAUGACCUGGCCCGAAGAAGGACAGAAUCCCAGAUCGCAACACUCGAACAACAACAUAAAAGACAACUGGAUGACGUCCAAAGGAAUGCUGCUUUUCGAAUUACGUUCCUGGAACAAGAGCUCAAGAAACAGGCCGACCAAGCCGAACAGACCGCCAAAGUACAAGCUGCCUCGCAACAGGAGGAGCAUCGCAAACAGCUAGAGCAGGCGCGCAAGACGGCCGAGUCAGAUGCUGAUCGUGUCCGCCACCGGGCAGAGGCCGACAUGGCAGACCUCAAGGCGACGAUCAGCCGACUCGAGGUUGACCUCAUGAAGGCCAAGAAGUCAAAGGCACAGGAACUACAAAGCGUCCGGGAAGAAUUGGAGAAAAGGUUACAAGAGCAGGAGUCCUUCGUCACCAAAUCUGAGGCACGUGUCGAGCAGCUUGAAAAAGACCUGCGUGAGAUUCGGGAGAAGGCAGUCCAUGGCGAAGUUGCCGUCAAAAAGGCCGAGGAAGACAAAAAGACAACCCAAAACGAGCUUGACGAUUUACUUAUGGUAUUUGGCGACCUUGAGGAGAAAGUCGCCAAAUACAAGGCAAAGCUUGAAGAACUCGGAGAGACCGUCUCUGACGGCGAAGAUGAUGAAGACGACGAGGAGGAAGAUGGCGAUGAGGAGUAA